CGUCCUUUCGCCUUCUCUCCUCAUCCCCAACCUUCACACACACACCCCUCUGCGCGCACAUCGGCGCUCUCACCCUUCUUUGCCCUCUGGCUGUGAUGAGCAUCGACGGCGCAGCGCGGCCCGCACAGCCCAGCAGCGCGCGCCGCUGCGUGCGCGUCCGCCCGCUGCGCCGCGCGCUCCAGCAGCAGCAAGAGGCCUACGCUUCCCCCGCCCUCUUCGCCGAGCUCUGCGCGCCGAGCUCGAGCUUCAGCCGUGCGCCGCACGCCUCGAGCAACGGCGCCGCCAAUGGCGCGCAGCAAGAGUCGCGGCGCGCGGCAGAGGCAGAGGCAGAGGCAGAGGCAAGGAGCGUCGCCGUGGCCCUCUCGCUGCCCCGCUCCCGGCGUGCGCCCCUCGUCGUGCUGCUGCGUGAGCUGCCGGCGCCGCAGCAGCAAGAGCUAGAGGCGUGCAGCUCGGACGAGGAGGAGGAGGACUCGUCUGGCGAGCAAGAACACCACCUCUACCUCGCCUCCUCUCUUCUGCGCCUCCACUUCGGGCGUACUCGCUGCAUUUCGCACCUCGAACUGCGGCGGCACGAGGCGCUGCUCCUCUCGCGCGUCGUGCUGCGCGCCCUCGACGCGCGCGCCUUUGCGUACGCCAGCGCGCACGCGGCGGCGCUGGGCGCGGCACUGCAUGCUCGCCUGCUGCGGCAGGGCGAGGUGCUGCGAGUGCGAGUGCGGCGCGACGACGACGGCGAAGGCGCGCACAAGUAUGAGUACGAGACGCUGAUGAGCGAGCCGGUACUGCAAGGCGUGGUGCAGGUUCGCCAAGAGGAGACGGACACGCAAGUCCUCGUCACGCUCGAUGAAGAGGCGGCGGCGAAGCGGGAGCGGCUGGAAACACGUCAUGUCGAGGAAGAGGAGAGAGAGGACGCGGAGGAGCAGAAGGAGGAGCUGGAGCUGGAUGAGGAAUCAGAAGAGGAGCAGGAGGAGGAGGAGGAAGGAGACGUGACGAUCGACGAGCGCUUUCUGGCGCAUUCCGUUCUGGAGGACUUCGAGCUGCCUCCUCCCUCGUCUGGCGAAGGCCAAGUGCCGAUGGACGAAAAGACUGAUCAACUCGGCGCCGGUGCUGCUGCUUCCUCAAGCAUCGCUUCCCGCUCCUUCCUCUGCGGCACACUGCUGCACAUCUCUCGCACGCUCGAGCGCAGCGCCGUCUUGGCGUCCAUCUCGGCCUGGCGCGAGCGACGACGCGGCGUCUACGACGAGCACUCGCCCGCCUCGUCGUCGUCGUCGUCGUCGGAGGAGGAAGACGUGGAUGAAGAUCUCUGUCUUCUUCUCGACGAGCGUGCCUUGGCUGCAGUGGGCGCAUUCGAGGGCCAAUGGGCCAUGGCCGACCUCGUGGGCGUGCAGGGACAGACGCGCCUCGUGCGCCUCUUCACCGAGAUCGACGCGCCUCCUCGCAUGCAGGGCGCGCCCACGAGGAGAGCCACAGCUCAAGUGCCGCCGAUGCUCUGGCAGAACCUGCACCUCGACACCACAUUCGAUGCCACUUCUUCAAACGCCAUGCUCUCGUUGCGUCCACUACGACGUUCUUCGCUCGCCUCCUCCUCCUCCUCCUCCUCAAAGACAUCAGGAGCCACACCAUCCUGUCCUCUGCCCCUGCCCUUCGCCGACGCAUUGACGAUUGCGCGCGUUGCCUCUCCACGCGCCAUCAACCGCGCCUACCAGCCGCUGUUCCUCGAGGCGCUGCGCUGCCACUUUGAGGCGCGCAGACGAGUCGUCAAGCAGGGAGAUGUGAUUGCCGUGGCGAUUGAAGAGGGACGCCUGAGAUGGACCAGGAAAGUGGACCAGGAGGAAGAGGAGAAGGAGGAGGAGGAAAAGGAUGAGGAGAGACUCGUCGAAUACGAUCUGCCCUCCUCAAAUUCCGCAGCUCUCGCAACCGGCAUCGUCUACUUUCGCAUUGUCGCUCUCACACCCGAGCUGUUCGAGCCCGCCGAAGCAUUGCAAAGCACGUCGGCGCAGGCCGAUGCCGCACUUUUGCUGCAAGAAGCCGCACGGCGAGGCGAGUUUGGCUGCGUCGUCGAGACGUCGCUGAGCAAGAUGGUGCAAAGUGGAGUCGAACACUGCAAAGUGGCGGAUGCGAUGCAGUGGUUGCAGAUUGCGCAUGAUCUUCCUCGGCGACCAAGCUCCUCCAGCAGCGUCCUCACAGCGCCGCGCAGCAACUACGCCGAGCUUCUCUCCCUGCUGCACGCCACUCUGCUGCCGCGCGCCGCACAGUACGACCUGCAUCUCUCUCUCCUCCUCAAGGGCGCCCGGGGCAGUGGCAAGCGCACGAUGGCGCACUGGGUCGCCUCGGCGUGCGGCGUGCAUGUGUUUGAGAUCAGCUGCUUUGAGCUGCUUGGCGACAGCGACGCACGCACUGAAGGCGCCCUGCGAGCCAGAUUCGAACAGGCAGCAAGCUGUGGACCGGCCAUUCUGCUGCUCCGACACGUCGAGGCGUUGGCGCGGAAGAGCCAGGCCAUGGAGAGUGGCCAGGAACCGCCGCUGGUCGCGGCGCUCAAGGACUGCAUUGCGCAGCUGCGCAAGGCGACCAAGGCGCAGAAGGGCGACAGAGCUGCGCCGCGCCCAGUGGCAGUCAUCGCCACGACGAGCGAGGCGGAAAAGUGCCCCACUGGAGUGCUCGGGUGCUUCAAGCAUGAGAUUACGCUCGAGGCGCCCAACGAGGCAGAGCGACUUGAGAUGCUGACGAUUGCACUGCGAGGUGCACAUCUCAGUCCAGAUGUCAGCCUCAAGCAUCUGGCCACGCAGACGGCCGCGCUUGUCGCGGCGGAUCUCGUCGAUCUCGUGACGCGCGCCAGGCUGGCCAGCGCAGAGAGAUUGAGGGCGGCUCGUACCCUCUCGGGCGCUUCUCCAAGCGAUGCAGAUCUCCAAGCAGCAGGCCUGCCUCUCACCGGCUCCGACUUUGACGUGGCGCUGCAAAAGGCUCGCGCGAGCUACUCUGAGAGCAUUGGCGCGCCAAAGAUUCCCAACGUGACGUGGGACGACGUCGGCGGACUGGCGGCCGUCAAGGACGACAUUCUCGAUACGAUUCAGCUGCCGCUUGAACACCCGGAGCUGUUCAGUGAUGGCCUGAAGAAGCGCAGCGGCAUUCUGCUCUACGGCCCGCCCGGCACGGGCAAGACGCUCUUGGCCAAAGCAGUCGCCACGUCCUGUUCGCUCAACUUCUUCAGCGUCAAGGGUCCCGAGCUGCUCAACAUGUACAUUGGCGAGUCGGAGGCCAAUGUGCGGCGCGUCUUUCAGCGUGCGCGCGACGCCAAGCCGUGCGUCAUCUUCUUCGACGAGCUCGACAGCGUGGCGCCCAAGCGCGGCAACCAGGGCGACUCGGGCGGCGUCAUGGACCGCAUCGUCAGCCAGCUCCUCGCGGAGCUCGACGGCAUGGCGGGCAGCGCCGAGGGCAGCGAUGUGUUUGUCAUUGGCGCCACGAAUCGCCCCGACUUGCUCGAUCCCGCACUCCUCCGUCCUGGCCGCUUCGAUCGCAUGCUCUACCUCUCCGUCGCCGAAACACAUGCGGCGCAGCUCAACAUCCUGCAGGCCCUGACGCGCAAGUUCAAGCUUGACGCCGACGUCGGUGACUUGCAAGUGAUCGCCGAGCAGUGCCCCUUCAACCUCACGGGCGCAGACUUCUACGCCCUGGCCAGCGAUGCCAUGCUCAAGGCCAUGACGCGCAAGGCGUCGCAAGUCGAUCGCCGCAUUGAGGAACUCAACGCGCGGCCGCCGCCAUACGCCCAUCCUCAUCCCCUGACGCCGCAGUUCUACCUCGCCGAACUCGCCGCGCCCGCCGAGCUCGAGGUGCUCGUCUCGCGUGCCGACUUUGAGGGCGCACUGCAGGAGCUGGUGCCCAGCGUCAGCGAGCAGGAGAUGGCGCACUACCGCGACGUGCAGGCAAAGUUCUCCAAGCCGCCCGCAGAGCGCGAGGAGCAGCAGGCGUCGGCGUCGAGCGAGGCGAGGCAGCGGCACGAUGGCAAGGCGCCGAGCAAGGGAGAGGAGAGACAGAGGGCACAAGAGAUGCUCAGACAGCUGGGCUACGACAUCACAAGUCACGCAGCGACGGCACCGCCCAUCAGCAACGGCUCGAGCAACCCGCAUGCCUCGCGCACCAACGGCACUGGGCCUGCGGCCGCCGCUCCGGCACAGGACCCCACCGCGGCGCAGCCACACGGUUCCGCGGCAGAGAAGCAGCGAGCCUCGUCGCCUGCGCAGGAAGACGCAAAGGGCAAAGGCAAAGGCAAGGCGCGUGCGUUGGACUGAACGCCUGGCGACCCUUCGCGCUGCUGUCUCGCUCUCUCUCCCUCUCUCUCAAUCUGCAAUGCUCAUGCCGCUGCAUGUCUGCGCUCUGCGCUCUGAGCUCGCUCGUCGUGUGGAGAGGCACGGCAAGGCAUCUAUGAUUGUAAUCGUCGCUAGGCAUCGCACCGGCCCUCCUCUCGGACUCCCCCUCUCUCCCUCCGCAGCUCCGUCCAUGUACCUAGAGCAUGCCGUCCAGCACAUCCUUGCCGCGUCUCUUGCUCGCCGGCGCCUGUUGCGGCGUGAACGCGUAGUCGGAGAGCA